AACCAUGCCAGCCAACUGGUCUGAUGGUCAGUGGAUCRUGCAACAAUGACACCAUUGUCUUGGACUGGCCUGAGGCUAAAGGCGCAUCRUUUUAUGAGGUGACCAUCAGUGGACACCUGGGAUACACCGCAUCUUUCCAGACCAAUGAUACAAUAAUAGAAACUGUUCUGCCUUGUGGACAAAUGUUCAAUUUAACUGWACAAGCCAAAGAUGGUCGAUGUGGCAGCACCGUCAGCUCAUCUGAACRAUACAAGUCAGGUCCCUGUGUCCCAAUGAAUGUGCAGAGCAUCACACACUGUGAAGACAGGCUGGGCUCAGUCAGCUGGUCCAUGAGCGCAGAGGCAGAAMGGUAUAUGGCCAUUGCGAUUGGAGACGAUGGCCACACCCAUGGGUGCAUAACAAAUAGUACUAUCUGCACCUGGAAUGACCUACRCUGCGGUGAAGUGUACACCGUCAACGUCAUUGCAUAUGAAUACUCGUGCACCAGCGUGCCAAGCAACAGCACAACAAUUCGGAUGGGUGGCCUCACUGAGCUGGAAUGCAAGUGAAGCUGCUGAGUUUUACAUUGUGACUGCGCAAACCAACAGUGGCCACAAAGUGCAGCUCAGCACCAACGAUACGUGGACUUACAUCUCUGAGUUCCGGUGUGGUCAGGAGUACUUCCUGUCUGUUCAGGCAGUAGACUCCGUAUGUACAAGUCAACCCAGUCAGGCUUCAUCCCUUUUGUCAGUGCCAUGUAAGCCCACUAAUGUCUCCAGCACCAAAAACUGCUUUACCAACAUCRCUAGGAUGUCGUGGACCCGCUCAGCUGGGGCCAUCUUCUACACUGCCACAGUAACGACAAAAGGUGGUCAAUCGUUUAACUGCACAUCUGUCAGCGAGCAGUGCGCCAUUUCCACWGUCCCCUGUGGACAGAACAACACAGUGACCGUCGUCGCCUCCAACACAAUCUGUAACUCUGAACUCAGUGAGGUUAAUAUACUGCAGUCAGCUCCGUGUAUUCCUACUGACGUGAAAGCAACCGUGAACUGCUCCAACAAUCAGGCAGUUGUGUCCUGGAGUGCCAGCAGAGGGGCUCUGUCUUACAAAGUGUCAGCAUUGAGUACUCAGGGAGCUCAGUCCACCUGUGAGACUGGACUCACCAAGUGUACUUUGACCAACCUCAGCUGUGGACAAGAAUAUUCUGUGCAGGUGGUACCAGUGGAUAAUGUCUGCUCAGGUUUGCCAAGYCCACCARUUCUGUUCAAAUCAGGUAACUAUUGGUUUUGCAUGAUGUGUGUUCAUGUGUGACUUGUUAUGUUUAAG